AUGCAAGGCGGUUUCGCUUUUUUGGAAGCGGGAGCUGUCAGAAGUAAAAAUGUUACUAAUAUCCUCAUGAAGAACGUCUUGGACUUAUUCAUUUGUGGCGUGGCUUAUUGGCUCUUCGGCUACGCCUUCGCAUACGGAAAGGGGAACACAUUCAUCGGAUAUACGCAUUUCGCAUCUCACAACCUCCCCGUCACCGAAUACGCUAAUUUAUUUUACCAAUUUACUUUUGCUGCGACGGCGUCGACCAUCAUCUCCGGAGCGGUUGCUGAACGCUGUGACUUCAUUGCAUUCCUCAUUUACAGCUUUGGAAUCACAUCGUUCAUAUAUCCGGUGGUGACCCAUUGGGUGUGGGCCGGGGGCUUCUUGUCCGCCGGUAUGGACUACGGUGGCAGCAUAGGCGUUGUGGGAUUCAGGGACUUUGCUGGAAGUGGUGUUGUUCACCUGCUUGGAGGCACGGCAGCGUUCGUGGGAGCCUCCAUAAUUGGUCCUCGUCUGGGCCGCUUCGACAAGGAAACAAAAACGGUGUUGACUAUCAGAGGGCAUUCUGUUCCGAUCGCGGCUCUCGGGGGCUUCAUCCUGUUUUUCGGUUUCCUGGCGUUCAACGGCGGCUCCCAGCUUUCUAUCACUAAACCGGGUGACGGCGCCGCCAUCAGCAUCGCCGUGGUCAAUACUGUCAUUUCCGGCUCCUUUGCUGCCUGCUCCUCUAUGUUUGUCAACAGGUUGCCGAAGGUCGGAAACAAGAGGUGGAGCCUUCUCAUAAUAAUUAAUGGCGCGUUGUGCGGCAUGGUGGCUGUUUGUUCCGGAUGUAACCUCUAUUACCCCUGGGGGGCGGCCGCUAUAGGCACCAUCGCCGGGAUCGUGUUCCACUUUUAUUCGUGGCUCGUACGAUGGAUGCUCGUCGACGACCCACUGGACGCAGUGGCAGUACAUUUCGGAGGCGGUUCGUGGGGAGUGAUGGCCCUAGCGUUUUUCAAUAAUCAAGACGGCAUUUUGUUUAACUGGGACCAGAAAUCGGGCAUGGUGUUUUGCUGGCAACUUGCGGGACUCGCCACGAUUUGCGCGUGGUCCGCAAUUACAAUGGGGAUAAUCUUCGGAACACUUCGGCUCCUUAAAAUACUGAGAGUACCGCGAGAUGUAGAAUUACGAGGUCUGGACAUCCCCAAGCACGCCGAACCCGCAUAUCCGGUGGAGGCAUAUGGUCAUGGGCACGUCGAGAAACUCAUGCAGAUUCUGGACACUUCCGGUCCGUUCAUUGUGACGCAAGUCUAUGAACGACAGGGGAAAAAUGGAAAUGUCAAUUACGGGUUCAACCACAUUAGCGACAAAGGCCUCUAUGAGAGCCCGGAAGUAAAGCGUCAUGUGCAUCAGAUGAAGCAGCCCGGGGGCGGUUCUGCGGAGAGGAUCCAGCGCUCCACUUCCGAUUCGGACACAUCUGACUUCUCUGUAGACGAAGUCGUUAAAAUGUAGGGGAGUGUAGUGGUUCGUUUACUCGUCAUCCGCAGAUUGAACUUUGACAAAGCCUUCGUCUGUGUUGGGUGUUUAGCAGUCUGAUGCGCGUUUUAUGAUGAUGAUGUCGCUAAACUAUUCAAACAUUGGGCUUAACAAAGCAAAUAAAAGCGUUUAUCGAC